ACCCGGACAGCGGCGCUGCCUUGGCGCGCAAAAGCGGGCUGAGGCGAAGAGGCAGCAAUCUGUGGCGAGCGGUGGGAACGGAGCGCGCGGGAGCAGCUGACGCGGCAGGGCAGGGACAUGGCCGCAGGUGGUGGCGGUGGCGGCGAUGGAGCCCUCCCGGAUCUCAGUCGCUAUGUGGUGUCCCGGCCCGUGUACAAUGAGCCUACCUUUCAAGAGGAGAAUGAGAGGAAAUUGGUGGUGCCCAAAACACUCCGGGAACGAGUCCAGAAAACUUGCAGCUGUUCAAGAAGAAAAGCCAUUCAGGUAACCAAGACCUUGUUCCCUAUUUUGGAAUGGCUGCCUAAGUACAGAGUGAAGGAAUGGCUCAUCAGCGAUAUAAUUUCCGGUGUCAGUACUGGACUUGUGGCUACUUUACAAGGUUUGGCAUAUGCACUACUGGUUGCAGUUCCUGUCGGAUAUGGUCUCUACUCUGCUUUUUUCCCCAUCCUGACAUACUUCUUCUUGGGAACAUCAAGACACAUCUCAGUUGGACCUUUCCCAGUGGUCAGUUUGAUGGUGGGCUCAGUAGUACUGAGCAUGGCGCCUGAUGAAAAAUUCCACAUGGUCAGCAGCAACAUGACAGGGCUGAACCAAACAGUUAUAGAUAUCGCAUCAAGAGAUGCCGAGAGAGUGAUAAUUGCCAGCACCAUCACAUUUUUGGUUGGCAUUCUCCAGCUAGUGUUUGGAUUUCUUCAGAUUGGUUUUAUCGUGAGAUAUCUUGCUGAUCCACUGGUUGGGGGUUUUACAACAGCUGCAGCAUUUCAAGUGUUCGUUUCACAGCUGAAGAUAGUCUUAAAUGUCCCAACCCAAAACUACAAUGGGGUCCUUUCCAUAAUCUAUACCCUUAUUGAUAUAUUUAAAAAUAUUGGACAAACCAACAUUGCCGAUCUCAUUGCUGGCCUGCUGACCAUCGUUAUUUGUAUGGUAGUCAAGGAAAUAAACGAUCGAUUCAGACACAAGAUCCCUGUUCCUAUUCCUAUAGAAGUGAUUGUGACAAUAGUCGCCGCUGGCAUUUCGUAUGGUGUUGACCUGGAGAAAAAGUACAAUGCAGGCAUUGUUAAAUCUAUUCCUAGCGGGUUUUUGCCUCCCGAACCUCCAGUGGUCAACAUGUUUGGAGACAUGAUAGCAUCUGCCUUUUCUAUUGCCAUUGUUGCUUAUGCAAUAGCUGUGUCCGUGGGCAAAGUCUAUGCAACCAAAUACGACUAUGCCAUUGAUGGAAAUCAGGAAUUUAUUGCCUUUGGGAUCAGCAAUAUUUUUUCAGGGGCCUUCUCUUGCUUCGUCGCCACCACUGCUCUGUCCCGCACAGCAGUCCAAGAAAGCACUGGUGGGAAAACCCAGAUUGCUGGAAUAAUCUCAGCUGGAAUCGUACUGAUUGCCAUUGUAGCCUUGGGGAAACUGCUUGAACCUUUGCAGAAGUCUGUGUUGGCAGCUGUGGUCAUUGCCAACUUGAAAGGGAUGUUCAUGCAAAUAUUUGAUGUACCCCGUCUGUGGAGGCAGAGCAAGGCAGAUGCUAUGAUCUGGGUUUUCACAUGUAUAGCGUCCAUCAUUCUGGGACUAGAUUUGGGUUUACUUGCUGGUCUGGUGUUUGCACUGCUGACGGUUGUCCUGAGAGUUCAAUUUCCUUCCUGGGGUAGCCUUGGCAACAUUCCUGGCACAGACCUAUAUAAGAACAUCAAAGAAUACAAAAAUGUUGUUGAACCAGAAGGAGUGAAGAUUCUCAAAUUUUCAAGUCCAAUCUUUUAUGCUAACAUUGAUGGCUUGAGAAGCAGCAUCAAAUCCACUGUGGGAUUUGAUGCCAUGCGGGUAUAUAACAAGAGGCUAAAGGCUCUGAGGAAGAUACAGAAGCUAAUCAAGAAGGGAAAAUUGAAAGCGACCAAAAAUGGUAUCAUCAGCGAUUCUGGUAGGACUAAUGAAGCAUUUGAAUUUGAUGAGGACCCAGAAGAUCCUGAAGACCUUGAUGUUCCAACUAGAGAAGUAGAAAUCCAGGUGGACUGGAAUGCAGAACUCCCCGUCAAAGUCAAUGUUCCCAAAGUGUCUCUUCAUAGUUUGAUUUUCGACUUUGGAGCUGUGUCUUUCAUGGAUGUAGUAGCAGUGAGAGUUAUGAAAACAAUUGUCAAAGAAUUUGAAAGGAUUGAUGUGAGAGUGUACAUCGCAUCACAUUUAGAGCACAUUAUCAAAACACUGGACCACUGUGCAUUUUUUGAUGAUGCCAUUCAAAAGGAUAUGUUUUUCCUGACCGUACAUGAUGCCGUACUCCACAUACAGAAUCAGAGCAUGCAGAGAGACAUCCAGGAUCCUAUAUUUGAAAAGAUUUCACUAAUGCAGGAGUCAAAGGAACCAAUAGAAUUUACAGAAACAAACCAGAAUGAAGAGCUUGAUGUUCAGGAAGAGGCUAUGCGCAGGCUUGCUUCAUGAAGGAAGGAUAUUGAAUUUAUCAUAUCUGUGAACUCUGGCAAACCGGAAGCAAUAUUCAAAGCAUAUUUAUCAUUGAAACAAUUAACUUUGCACUAGAAGAAAAUAUUUAUCUUAUGCUACAGGUGUCUCGGACUCUAAUUUGUCUUUUUACAUAGUAUUCUUCAUUAACAUUAUUUGGUAAAUUUGUAUCUAAAUUACUUGGGAUAUGGAAAGAUCAUUAUAGAUAUAGCAAAACUGGCUCCCAGCUUCUAAGUGAGGACACACACAUCUAUAUUUGUGUCCUAAUUUUAUUCCAAUGUACGUAACC